AUGGCUGACCAAGUACAAAACCAGGAAGAGGAAGAUGAUACACUUAUUCAUUGGCAACAACAAUCUUCAUAUGAAAUAAUGACUGAUGAGUUUUGGGAUAAUUUUCCUCAUUUAAUAAAUGAAACUGUAGAAAGUUUUAUAUGUUAUUAUGAUGAUAUUGAUAAACGUGAAGAUGAUGGUAAUUUAUAUAAACCAAUAGAUUAUUUUACUUCACAAUCUUUUGAUUCAUGGUGUAAACAUUUUGAUGAAUGUAAUACAUUUCUCCCAGCACAAUAUGAUUUAAGGGAUGGUGAUGAAGUUUGGUGUUAUAAAGUUCAAACAACAGAUUUUAUUCCUAUAGGUUUUGAAAUAACUAUACCAUAUAAUUUUAUUAGUGAAAAAAAUCAUUUUGAUGAGGCUUAUGCUGAAAAGUAUGGAAGAAUUGUAGCAUUUAGAACCGGUACAACAACUGAAAAUGGUUGUUUAACACUUGGACAUGUUAUAGCCAUUGAAAGAGGUACAGAGAAACCAUAUGAUAGAAGAAUGGUGUUAGUAAGGACACAUGGUUAUGGUCAAUUGACUAAUGAUACAUUAGAAAGUUGGAUAUUUAAAAAAUAUAGAAUAAAAAAUCAUUAUCAUUAUAUAACAUAUUAUCAUAGAAUAUUGGAUUUAAAUCAGUAUGAAGAUGAUGAUCAUAUAAAAAAUUGUUUAAGAUGUGAUGAUUGUUAUUAUGAAAUAGCAAGAGUUAUGAAAAAUGAAUGGAAUAUUGAUUUACCAUUAAGAACUAUUGUUGAUGGAAUUAUGCGUAAAUCAAUGGAAGUGUAUAUACCAGGACUUAUUAAUUAUUCAUCUAAUUUAUUAAAAGAUAUUAUAAAAAGAUGGUAUUUUAUGUAUGAUCCUUAUCAAUUAAUGGUUAAAAUAUUUUGUAAUUUUCGUGAAUUAGAUGAUUUUACUGGUUCAAGAAGUGGUAGAUUUCAAUUAUAUACAAAACCUCAUGAAUUUAUGAGAAGAUUUAAUAUAUUUAUUAAUGAAGAAAUGAUUGUAAGAAAUACAUUUAAAUGUUAUAGAUGUUCAGCUGAUCUUUUUAAAAUUAAUGAUGUUGAAUGCUUUUCUAAUGAAGGAACAACAGUAUUUCGUGUUAAUCCUCAUGGUGAAAUUCAUCAAUUAAGAACAUUUAAAAAUUGUGUUUCUGGAGCUGUUUGUGUUACUGGAUUACCAAAUCCUAGUAUGACAUAUUUUGAAGGUUAUAAAUGGAGAUUUUUACAUUGUAAAAAUUGUCAAAGUUUUCUUGGAUGGAGAUUUGAAAGUCGAGUAUUUACUCCGUCAAUAUUUUAUGCUGUUCUUGACAGAAAUAUUUAUCCAUCUUCAUCAAUUUUUAAUGGUGAUGAUUUAACUGAAAUGGGUGAAAUAUGGCAAAGAAAUAGAACAUUAUGUACAUAUUAUUUUACCAGAAACGUUAGAGAUGUUGAUGAUGAAAGACCACCUGUUUUUGAUGAUACUGAUAUUGACUUUGUUACAUCAGAAUUUGAAGAUCAUAUUCUUAGAAGACUUAUUGAAUCACCUGAAGAAGAAGAAGAAGUAUACAAUGGUUCUAUUAUUAAUAGAGCAGUUAUUCAAUUUGGUGGAGAUUUAAAUAGAAUUAAUCUUUUAGAACAAGGAAAUCAAUUUCAAAUUGUUAAUUUAGGUAUUAGAAAUAUAUUUGGUAAUGGAUUUAUAGCACAUAUGGUACAAGAAGUUGAAGAUGUUGGAAUGAUUGGAAUUGAUGAGGAAGAGGAUGAAGAAGAGGACGAAGAAGAUGAUGAAGAAGAUGAAAAUGAUAUAGUUUCAUUACAUGGAUCAGAAUCUAUUGAUGUUUCGGAUUCUAUUAAUGAUGAUAGUUCUAGUGAUAUGAUGAUGGAUGAUGUAAUUGUUGCUUAUGACGACAAUUCGGAGACAAAUUCUGUUAAUGGAGGAAAUAAUAUAAUGAUUGAAGAGGAUUUUGGAGAAAACGAUGACACUAGAAGUAAAGAAAGUGAUUCUGAUUCUAGUAAUGAAAUGGAACGUGAUGACAAUGUUCAAAUAAAUGAUAAUGAUGAUGUUGAAACAAGAAGUAGAGAAUCUGACAAUGAAAUUUAUAAUAUUUAUGAAAAUGAUUAUUCUGAUAACGAAGAUGCCAUUUAG